UCAAUUCUGCAAGUGGUUCUGAUUUACUAUCGCUGUUCUAAAACCACUUUUGACCUAAAGGGACGCUUUUUGGACGCCAUGGACUUUUCCCAGUUUCCAGGCAGAUGGAACAGUCAAAAUGCAGUCAGGGCACAGGACAAAGCAGUAGGGACAAAAUGCAUGUGAAAUGGUUUGAUACAAAAAUGACAGUUUCUAAAAAUGUUUAAAUUUGCCGCCGGUUCCGGCCCUCGUACGUCCCAUACGUUCCGACGCUCGCAGGGACCAGAACACGAAAGCCGGAUGCUGGCAUCAGCCGGAGGAGAUGGCCGUGGACGCUGCAGGGGAAACAUCGCUGGAGCGAAGGACAAGGUAAGUGCAGCAGGGAAUCCCAGAGCAACGCCACAUGGUAAGCCCGAGUGUAGCUCGGGGUUACCGCUUUUGGUACUGAAA